UAUACAACAUAAAACCUGAUUGGGUUAUGCACUUGUUCUCGGCAUGAGUCACUAGACCGGGAAAGUCCCCGACUUCCGUAAAAAAGAGGUUCAUUGGCGAGGAAUUGUUGGGAGUCUGGCUUAAUAUUUACUAGACAUUGUAACAUCGCCAGGAGCAAACGUUAAUUUUAUAGGAUUCCAGAUAUGGAUGGUAUUGAAAAAACUUAUGUUGAAAUAAUUGAGCAACCUAAGCAGCGAGGAAUGCGUUUUCGUUACAAGUGUGAAGGACGUUCUGCAGGGAGCAUUCCUGGUGAACGCAGUACAGACAGCAAUAGAACAUAUCCUGCUAUUCAGAUAAUGAAUUAUUGUGGGAAAGGAAAAGUCAGAGUUACGUUGGUGACAAAAGGAGAAGAUUUUAAACCACAUCCACAUGACCUAGUUGGAAAAGACUGCAAAGAUGGGUAUUAUGAGACAGAGUUUGGACCAGAGAGAAAAGUCCUUUCAUUUCAGAACCUAGGUAUACAGUGUGUAAAACGAAAAGAAGUCAAAGAUGCAGUCCUGCUUAGAAUACAACGAAACAUCAACCCCUUUAAUGUUCCUCGAGAAGCAUUGCUGAAUAUAGAAGACUAUGACCUUAAUGUAGUGAGACUGUGUUUCCAGGUGUUUAUUCCUGACAGCCAUGGCAAUUUCACCAUUGCACUUACUCCAGUUGUCUCUAAUCCUAUUUAUGAUAACAGAGCACCAAAUACAGCAGAGCUGAGGAUUUGUCGUGUAAAUAAAAACUGUGGAAGUGUUAAAGGUGGAGAUGAAAUCUUCUUGUUGUGCGACAAGGUGCAGAAAGAUGACAUUGAAGUUCGCUUCUUUACAGAUACUUGGGAAGCUAAAGGUUCAUUUUCCCAAGCUGAUGUCCAUCGACAAGUUGCUAUAGUAUUCAGGACCCCGGCAUACUUCAGUCCCAACAUUGCGGUAGCAGUGACAGUGCAAAUGCAACUUCGGAGACCAUCAGACCAGGAGGUCAGCGAACCCAUGGAUUUUAGAUAUCUACCAGAGGAAAAAGAUCCUUACUGUUGUCAAGACAAAAGAAAAAGAACAAUGAAGACUCUCCAAAAAUUUAUGCAGGACUUAAACCACCCAGCCCAGAACCUGACAGAGCGAUUGAAAGCAGUACCAUAUGCACAUAUUGGGCCAGUAAGGGAAAUUAAGAAAGAGCCUGGGUACCCUUCGUCAGCAUCUCCAAGACAACCACCACCACCUUCGGUUCCCACAACACAAAGUUACUUUACUUCCUCUUUGGAUUCCAGUACAGCGAUGUUCCAUACUCCAUAUUUUCAGUCUGGAGUACCUACAAAACUGCAGCCAAGUCCUCCGGACUGGAUUUCUGUGAAUCCAGUCAUCAACAGCACUGGGACUAAUGAUAUGUUUUCAACACCAGGUCCCCAUUGCAACACACAAGACAACAGUCAGCUCUCAGAUCUGCAUGGUGACAUUCUAGAAUUCUUGAGUCUGCCAACGCACCAUAAUCCUACAUCAAAUAUUUAUAGAAACUGUGCAUUUGUCGACUUAGGGAUCCCACCUGUCACUCAAACCAACAUUUUCAGUGUCAAUAAAACUAACCUUGGAAAUCAGAGCAGCAGUGCAGUGAAUGUAGCUGCACAUAAUGGUGGCAGCCGAGCACAGGAGAGAUUUGUUGGCUUUAAUGUGGAAACAUUUCAUCCAUUGUUUAAACCAAGAGAACAAGGACAGGAAGUUCAGCAGGUGUCAUCUACACCGACCACAGCAGUCAUUCAUAGUCCUCCUCUUAGUUCCUUUGCCCCUGAUAUGGAACAGAACUUUCUCAGCUUUAUGGACAGCAGUGGAGCUCUCACUGAAACCAGAGAGCCAAGUAAUACUGUUAUAGAUGACCAGAACUGUAUGCAGCAUAGUGGAUAUUUUGUUGAUAGGAGUCAAGGUGAGGAGCGUUACAACUCAGUCAUGUUCGAACCAGAGCAAGACUUUGAUGCCCUUUUAAGGGCUUUUGAUGAUUCCAAAGAUAAGUAAGAUCCCAUGAGAUGGAAGCAGUUAUUAAAAGGACAGAAAUGUGCAGCAGUGUAAAAAACAGAAAGAGUUGUUUUAUAAGCUUCUCUUGAUACUUAUUUACCCUGGAGUCCUGUACAGAAUGUGGGUUGAUCUACAGGAUUACACUUUGAAAGCAGCUUGUUAUUUACUCCUCCCAUCCAAGAUUUAUUGUGCUGACCUGCAGCCUGGCUUUUCUGAUUUUCCUGAAUAACUUGUAUAGAAAGGGAGGUACAGUACAUGACAUGAAACUAAAGCAAAAGGCUUUCUAGUAAGGGGUAUGAGAGACUUCCUUAAUUUGCUGCGUUGUUAUUUAAGGCCUGACAUCAGAAGGUGCCAGAAAGAGUAUGUACAUGCCAGCAUACUAGCAUAAUUACUUGUACACCGUGGGGGGAGCCUUUUGUCACAUUGUUGCAGAACAAAAUCAGCCCUUUUCCCACAUAACCGUGUUAGUCUUCCAGAUCUCAUUUAUCCUGUACAUGCUGUAGCCUUCUGAACAGUAGUACUACAAAAACAUGUAUAUAAAAGAAAGGUGCUAAUUUGGCACAUUGUAUAUCUUAGAAGAACUGUCAUCUGACAAAGAUUUAUGUUUAGUGCAGCAUAUUUAUUUUAUAUGGUGCGUUUUUAUGCUGAGCUGGUUUUAAUAGCUAAAAUACAGCACUGUUUCUGCUGUCAGAUUGCCCAGUUUUAAAGAUAACAUGCAGUUUUAUACUUAGUUCUUUUCUAAAAUAAUGUAGAUAUUGUGACAUUAAAUACAUGUCGUGUUAAAUCAGUCAGUAAGUGUUUAAAGGAAAUACACCUUUAGAAUUAGUAAUGACCGUGUCAUUAUGGAGCCAAGAAGUAAGACAUUUUCAUUGUUCUUAUUUCAUAAGUCAUAAAGUCAUGAAAUUUAGGAAAUCACACCAACAGGCAGCAUUCUCCCACAGAAGAAUGCAAAACAUUUUGUUUUGAGGGAUCUGCUGUAAUGGUUGUCACUGUAAAGAUGUAUAAACAAGGGUGAACAUUCUCCUUAUUUAUUACUCAUUGUCUGCACAUUCCCUUCUCUAAUAAGACUGUGACAUUUUGCUGCAUUUUUGUCCUCAGGGUUGACUUUAAUUUUCAUUUAAUUUAUUUUAAACUCUGCCCUAAUCAUCUUCUUUAUGGUAUUGGUGUAGCAAUAACGUAAUAUGUUUAAUCUCUGUCCUACCCAGAAAUCAAGUAAAUAUUUGUUUCUUACAGUAGUGUAACAGUAAUGUCAGUAGUGUUGAUAUUAGCUACUAGCAGACACCAUAUCAGCAUUCAGAAUCAGCAGAUAACCUAAUCCUGUGGUACAGAUGUAGCUGUGAAGUAGGUGUUUCCAUGAUCCAGUUGUGUAUAUUUAUUUCAUCAGAGAGCUCCAUAUUUAAAACUAUAGGACAUGCUUAAAUGGUUUGUGAUUUAUGUAAAGGUGUUUCAUCCAAGUGACCAUUGUUAUUCUCUUGGGAACGUCUUUAUUGACAGUUAUUUGCCAACAUCAGAGUUGAACCCAGCAACAAAACACGAAAACAACAAACAAAAUAAAGAGCGAAGGAGGUUCCA